AUGACCCAAACCAAAACAACCGUCGUGAUCAUUGGUGCCUCCUUUGCCGGGGCUCCAAUUGCCCAUUCUCUCCUCAAAGAUGUCAAAACGGUCAAGGUUAUUUUGAUCAAUCCCUCUCCAACGUUCUACUACCCCAUUGCCGGCCCCCGGAUCAUGGCCAAACCCACAGCCUUUCGGCCAGAACAAUACUUGAUCCCAAUUGAUUCGGCAUUUAGACAAUAUCCCUUGGAAUCAUUCGAAUUCGUUCAAGGACGCGUAACGGCUAUCAAUCCCGACACUUGUUGUCGUGCUUCAACGACCCGCAACGACAUCCCGAUUCCCUUCAAGCAAUCCAACCUCGAUGACAUGGCGACACUCAUCAAGAAUGCGCAGCAGGCUAUCUCAUCAGCCUCGCACAUUGUCAUUGGCGGUGCCGGUCCCAUCGGCGUCGAACUCGCCGGCGAACUCGCCGAAGCCGCGCAAGAACAAGGAAAAUCAGUGAAAAUUACUCUCGUCUCUGCCUCGGACCGCGUCCUACCGAUGCUUAAGAAGUCGGCCAGUAAAGCUGCGGAAAGCCUGCUCACGCAGAAGAAGGUGAAGAUCAUCUCGUCGCGCAAAGUCACCGAUGCGGUUCUGUCCACCAACGGGACGUGGAAUGUAUCUCUCAGUAACGGAGACCAGCUCACCGCUGAUCUGUACAUUCCCACCACGGGCGUCCUGCCCAACAACAGCUUCAUCCCUCAGCAGUGGCUGGACACUGACGGCUGGGUGAAAGUGGACCGUGAGCUUCGCGUACAGGGCGGAGAUAAUGCAUUCUUACCCGUCUAUGCGGCGGGCGAUAUAACCAACAAUUCGAUGCGCCUCUCCUUCAAGGCUACUGAGCAGGCUGCGGUUGUUGCUGCAAACAUCAAGCAUGACAUCCUUGGUCAGAGCUCAAAAUACAAGAGACGGAUGUAUGAUCAAGGAGAUAGCGUUAUGAUGAUCGUCACCGUCGGGGCGUCGGGUGGAACGGGGCAGCUGUUUGGUAUAACGGCUUGGAGCUUCAUGGUCAAGUCGAUCAAGGGGAAGGACUUUUUUGUCUCCAAGGCGCGUUCGUUUAUUGGGGCAAGUUAA